GUCUUGAAUGUCGACUUAACGUCAUAUAGUCCAUACUUUAAACACGCUAGCUGACUUUUUCAAGUACAAAUUCAGCAUUUCGUUUUUAUUCGGUCGGUAUUUAUAUCGGAAGAGUCGCCGUUAGCCUAGCAGGCUAACAGGGUCCACAAUGGAGGGCAGCGCCAGCGUGAGGAAAGCGCUCUCCGGGACCCUCGUCCCUGUAACGGCCACAACAGUGGCACUUCUCCAGCAACCCGAGGAGAAGGGGAAGGAGAAGCUGAAGAGAAAGGUCCUCGAUGAAGAGGAGUACAUUGAGAGUUUAGAAAAGAUCAUCCAGCGAGACUUCUUCCCAGAUGUGACUAAACUGCAAGCGCAGAAGGACUAUCUUGAAGCAGAGGAAAACGGUGACCUCGAGCGAAUGAGAGAGAUAUCCAUUAGAUAUGGAUCAUCUUUGACAAAAUCUACGCCACGGUCCUCUGCACCCUACGUGACACCAGCAAGCUUUGAGACGCCAGUGGGCCGCUCAGGGUCUCCCUCUGCCACUCAUGGCAGUAAAGGUUUAGAUGGGGACAGCAAGGAGGAUGACAAGGAAGAGAAAGAGCUGCCCUCUCUGGAUCGCUUCCUUGCUAAAAAUACCAGUGAGGAUAAUGCAUCAUUUGAGCAGAUAAUGGAUCUGGCAGAAGACAAGGAGAAGCUGAGGCAUGCCUGGUUAUAUGAGGCUGAGGCUGAAUACAAACAGCGCCAUGAAGAGAACCUCGCCUUACCAUCAGCGGAGAAAGCAGCUCUCGAAAAUACCAAAGCUGGACUUGAGACAUGGGAGUACAAAGCAAAGAAUGCCUUGAUGUAUUAUCCAGAAGGUGUUAAAGACGAUGAUGCUUUAUUUAAGAAGCCACGGGAGGUAGUUCACAAGAACACACGCUUUGUUGGUGACCCUUUCAGCAAAGCUCUUAACAAAAGCCAGAUUCAGCAGGCUGCAGCACUCAAUGCACAGUUCAAACAGGGUAAAGUAGGUCCUGAUGGGAAAGAGCUCAUCCCACAUGAAUCCCCAACAGUGAAUGGAUAUGGAUUUGAAACGAUGCCCUCCCCUGCACCUGGUGUAGCUGAGUCACCUCUCAUGACCUGGGGUGAGAUCGAGAGCACCCCAUUUCGUCUGGAUGGAUCUGACACCCCAUAUGUUGAGAGGAAUCAUGGUCCAUCAUUUAAGAUUCCAGAACCAGGAAGACGAGAAAGGCUAGGAUUAAAAAUGGCCAAUGAAGCUGCCGCUAAAAAUCGUGCAAAAAAACAGGAGGCAUUGAGAAAAGUCACAGAAAACCUGGCAAGUCUUACACCUAAAGGUCUGAGUCCAGCCCUCACCCCCGCCCUGCAAAGGCUUGUGAACAGGACAUCUAGCAAAUACACAGACAAAGCACUGCGAGCGAGUUACACCCCAUCGCCCUCGCAUAGAGUCAUUGGAUCCAAGAGUCCCUUUGGUGGCCCAUCCACUCCAGGAACGCCAACACCAAACAAAGCCAAAACGCCGAGCUCUCAGGACCUUACAUCACUCACAGACAAUCUGCUGCAACUUCCCAAGAGACGGAAAGCCUCAGACUUUUUUUAAGUAAGAGAAGCUGUUCUCUGCUGGCUGGGAUUGUACAAAACA